AAUAAUACAAUAUACAAAUUUUUAAAUAUUAACCACGAGGACAAUGGACAAUAUUUAUUAAUUAUAAAUAAUUAUUUUUGACUGAUAAUCAUUGUCGCACUCGUUCUCACAGGUCUUAUUAAGGUAAUCUACAAUAUCUUUUAAAUUUUGAUUCCUGCUUUACUUACAAUCAUGUCGUUAUUUAUUCUAAACCACGACACAAAUUUCGAGCACAUAAUUGGCGUGCUGUUCAACAAUUGGACCGCACUUAAAUUGGCUGUUGAACAUGGCAUGGGUGGAUCAUCUGAAGUCAUGCAAUUCAAAAUAAGUGACCUAAUAAAAAAUAUACUUGAAUGUCUUCGAAAAUCUGGUGACAACAUGUGUUGGACGAGUAUAUCUGAUAUUAUUGAAGACGUAAUGGAUGUUGGAUUUGAUGUUGUCCUUGAAGAUGCUUCUGCUGAUGACUUAAGUAAACAUAUAUGUAAACUUUACUGUGAUUGGAACCAGUCACUGGAAGGCCGAACAAAAGUUAUAGAUGAGCUUAGAAGUUUACCUACAACAAUUCCUAUUCAAAUUGUUCCAGGAAGACCAAUACGUGAAAAACAAAAGAAAAAUGAUUCAUCGUCUAGUGAAGAGUCUGAAACUUGUGAUGAUGGAUGGACUGUAGUGAAACAUAAAUAAAACUUACCAGCAAUAUAUUUUACAUCAUUAUUUUGUUUAUGAAAUAAUGAUGAAUUUUAUUAGG